AGUGGAAUUAUCAUUAUUUGCAGAUGACAGCAUUCUGUACACAGAAUACCCACCAGAAAAGUCACCAAAAGACCCCUAGAAUUAAUAACCAAAUUCAGCACUGUAGCAGGAUACAUAAUCAGCACACAACAAUCAACAUUCCUAUAUACCAAUAAUGAACUCACUGAGAAAGAAAUUAGAAAAAAAUACCACUCAACCAUAGUAUAAGGAAAAACUAAAUACUCAAUAUGAAGUAGGGAGACAGCUUUCCUCAAAUGGGAAGGGGAUCAAGAGAUGCGGCAAGGGAGGAAGGAGAGGAGGGAGAGGAGGUGAGUAAAGGGAUUAAGACGUGUGACGUACAAGCAUCAACUCCAUACAAGAAAUGUAGACCUAUGUACUGCAAAGAUGUGUUAACAAAAUAAAAGUAAGUCCCUCCUUUUUUAUCUGCUCCAUAACUUUUAGUUGUUGUGUCCAAAUUGGUUUUCAGUUUUUUCCCCUGCCCCAUUCCUUCUUCUCCUUAUUUUCCAAUGUUGGGGUCAACAGUGUCAACCCAGAGCUGUUCUGCUGGCCUACCUACUAACGGGCCCGGCAAAGGCAGUCUUCAUUUUUAUUAGCAAUUCUGGUCUCCACUUUUUCUUCUUGGUUCUUUCUUGGAAUUUCCGUCUCGCUGCUUAGAUUUUCCACCCGUUGUUUUCAUGUUGUCUACUCUUUCCACGACAACUACAGCAUGUCAACCAGAGUUGUUUGAAAAUUCCUGGUUUGAUAAUUACAAUGCUCUUACCACGUCUGACUGUGGUUUUGAUGUCUGCUCCUUGUUCAAACUAUGUUUUGUCCUUUCUAGUCUGCUUUUGAAUUUUUUGUUGAAAGACAGACAUGAUUUACUGAGAAAAGGAGCUGUGACAAUUAGGCCUUUGGUGACACAGUGGUAACAUGGGGGCAGGGAUGACCCCCUCUCCCAUCCUUUGAUUGGUCUUUGGGGGUCCUGAGGCCCUGGACUGGAAUGUCACCAGCGCUUCUUAGAGUUUGUGCUUUUAUUUAGGUGGAGCAAAAUGGGUAGGGGGGCUGGCUUUGCCUACUUUCCUUUGCUCAGUUACCCUAUGCUCUGAUAAGACCCCAGAAAAUUACCCUUUGGUAUGGAGUUGUCCCAACACAGUGCUGCGGGACUUUCAGAGUGAUUACAUUGCCCUUCCCUCUGCAGACGCGCAGGAGACUUUUCCUCAGCAUUCACUACCAACAUUUCCGGCAGAGCUCUUACACGCGGUGACUGUGAAUGGAAGUAUGGGCUCCGCGCGUCCGACUGUGCCUCCCGAGAGCUUUUCAUUCUUUGUGCUGUUUACUCCGAGCCUCCAGCAGCCUGUCCGGUAUAAUUCAGGUUUUCCAACCAGGCGUGGCACUGGGUCCUGUGGAGAUUUUUGCUCAGUGGCUUUUGCUUAGGACACCUGGAUGCCUGAGGCUGCAGCUCACCCCUGAGAGACCGUGGAGGCGCGAGGAUCGGGUGUCUGACCCUUUAAAUACUGGACGCCUGAGGUACCAGCUCCCUUUUCCCCCUUGCCCGGCUGCCUGUUCCUGCUGCCACCGACCCAGAUCUUCUGUACACACAGCCACUGACUGUACGCUACAAGACAACGCAGGCAGGAACGGGGUGUCUGAAGUACCAAACUCAAAAGGGACCCGUGUGCUGGCAGUAGUAGAAGCCUCCAGAGACACCUGCUGCUGGUCGUGCGGCAAAGUGUGUGAGAGGAGCUUGGUUCUUUUGUCAGAACAUUUAUCCUAUGUGUUAGAAGAAAGUCCACUAAAUUAUUCUGUCACCUCCCACCAAACUCUUUUCAUGGCUUUUGCUUUCUCGGCUGGAGAAGUCUUGGCGGGCGCCGUGCCCUGGAGGACCAUGUGCUGAAGCUUCCUGAAAGAUCAUUGCUGCGGAUGCUGCGAAUCUUUGCCUUCAGGAAAGCAGCAGGGAGAAGGUAGAUUGGCCUGCGGAGAGUCCCUGAGAAUAGACAUGGUUUUCUUUAAAGUGACCAUGUAAAGCAGGUCAGGCACUGAUGCCAAGUUGAGGGGCCAGCUGAACGUUAUCAAUAAAUAUGACGUAAGCAGUUCUCCUGCAGGUGUCUUGGAUGGUAUUCGUCCUCGUGAUUUCCAUCCUUUCAGAGUCCAGGCACCUGCAUUCUUUCUACUGCAAAUCAAUGUUUUUUUGCUAUGAAGGCAGAAAUAAUAAAAACAACUGCA